AUGAAUCCACGAUCGAUGCUCGCUGCUGCAGGUGCUCGUGGCACCUUCGGAGGGGGCAGCCCCCACAUAGGGCCCCUCCUGCAUCUGCUGCGCUCCUCUUUUCGUCGAAACAGCAGCACACAUGUCUCUCCACUGAGGCCUAAGCCGCAGCAGCCAGAGCAGCCGCAUCCUCUGCAUCAAGUGGCCUCGUGCUUCCCGUCCGAUCGGGCAGCUCAAGAGGCCCUUAGCCAGCUUGUCACCGCUUGUCGCGGCUUCGAGAGGCACCAGCAGCAGCAGCGUCGCAAGAGCAAAGGCGAUGCGGCAGCAGCAACAACUCCAACAGCAGCAGCAGGGGUCGCUUCCACGCUACUGGCCGUGGAGGCAUCCAUAGCGGCUGCGCCUGUCGCUUGCAUCCAGGCUGCGCUCCGUGCGUUUCAUCAACAGCUUUUGCCUCCAGCGCUACUGCUGCCGCUUUCUGAAGCCUUUUACAAGACAGCCGACAAGCAGCUGCAGCAUGAGGCUCUGCACCUGCAGCAGAAGGGAGACAACAAGGUCCACACAGUUACCCGGCUCCUCCAAUACGCGCUGCUACUGCAGCCGCGCGCCUUUAUUUGCGGGUUGAAGCAGCAGCAGCAGCUGCAGCUGCUUGAGAGGCAGCUGCUGCUGCUGCCCCAGCAAGCGGAAGAUCAGAGACAGAGGGCUUUUGAGACCGCACUGUUGCUGCUAAGGCCCCUGUUGCUGCAACAAGAAUAUUUGCUGCUGCCACCGUUAGUGCUGGUACACGCGCUGCAGCAAGCGUCCGAUGAAAAGCUGCAAAGGCUGCUGCAAGAAGCGGCAGCAACAAUUAUUCGGCAGCAUCUAGCGGCGUGGUGUGCUGUUGCCGUUGCCUUGAGCAUGCAGGCGCAGCGAACGCCUCUUCUCCAGAACGUUCUUCUUGGCGUGCAGGGAAUGCUCUGCGCGGCUCUUGUGCAAAGCCCACAGAGCCUGCAGAACCUCCUGCAAAGGGGGCCAGAGGAGCUGUUCGCUUUCGCUAGCCAGUGGGAAGAAGCGGCAGAGGCGCUCGUGAGGCUGCAUGCAUGGGGAGUCUCCGCAGGCGUACAGGCUGAGGCAUGUGCCACAGGAAAGGAAGCAGCAGCAGCAGCACGGGGAGAAGAAGCUGUGGGGGAUGCGGAGAAAAUCUCCGACUGCAUGAUGCCAGAGCUCCUUUCGAGGACCCUCUCGGGGUUGCAGCAGCAGCAACAGCGACAAAAUAGCCACCAGGAGCAGCUAAUGAGACGCUUUCCAGACGAACUGGCUGCUGCUGCCGCGUCGCUACAGCAGACGUUCACAAAGCUCUGGAGCCGAUUGCAGCAACAGCAGCGGCAGGAUCAGCUGCAACCUCAACAACAGCGUCUCCACCACGUGCAAGGCUCCUUGCGCCCCUUACCUCGACCCGACGCUUCCUCUCCAUUUGCUUGCAGAGCUGCAAUACGCACGGCGUUAACAGCGGCAGUUGGCAGAACGGCGGAAGUGGACAGUCUUACCGAGGCAGCAGCAGCGACAGCAGGAAAAACAACGGAUUCGGAGAUGCAGUUGCUGCGGCUGCUGCAUCAAGCGCUCCUGCUAGGUGCCGUGCAAUGGCAGGAGCAGCAGCAGGAGGAACUUCGGGGCUUUCUGCUGUAUGUAUGCCGGGAGGUUCUGCCCGCUUGCGAUUUGCGCCAACAGCUCCUGCUUUUGCAGCACGCAGUAAAGCUCGUGGAGGGUUCUGGCUCGCGGAUACAGCCGCAGCAAGAACAACAGGAGCAGAAGCUGGAUCUGGGGAUGUUCGUAGAUGCCCUGCUACUGGCGGUUGCACAAAGCAUGCAACAACUGCAGCCACGUGACAGGGGUUCGAGCAGCAGUUUGUGCUCGUUGGUUAUGCUCUCAGACUCUCUUUGUUCUACGCCUCUCUUACGCCAGCUGCACCGCCCUGCCAUUGCAACUUGGCUUGUUACCGCUUUGUCAGAGCAGCUGGUGCUACACAUUCAAGGAGUACAGCAGCAGCAACACGACGUCGAGAUGCGCCUUGCGUUGCAGCAGGAAGUGAUGUUUGCGGUGUCUAGGGCCGGAGCUGCUAGCCAGGCAGCACCCCUCUGCUGCAGCUCGAAGUCACUGAAGAUGCUAGGAGAGACAGUCGUGAUGCUCCAGGCUACAGGGGAGGCAGUCCUUGCGGCGACAGCAGGCGCAUUAUCACAGCAGCACGGAGAGCAGGCAGCAACUGUUUUGAUGAAACGCCACGUUGAGAGUUUGGUCCUUGCUGCUGCGGCUCUUGCGCGCUGUAUACAGCGUCCGGGCAUCAACGUCUUGCAGGCUCACUGGAACCUUUACGCUCUCCUAGGCCGGCUAUACGAGUCCGCUGCUGAGUUUAUCUCUCGCUGCAACGGCCGAACCGCAGCGGCAACCCCAGCAGGCCUCUUAACUGCAGAACAGGUGCUUGUGCUACUGCAGUGCCACGUACUGCUUCUGGAGGCCGGGAGGCAGCAGCAGCAUCAGGCAGCUGCCGCAGUUGUAGAUGGUGGAGACAAUUUCUCUCAGGCAGCAGCAGCUGCUGCAGAGGUCGCAAGAGCAGUAACAAGCUCUGUAUCCGCGGAUCAGCUUUUGGAGGGCAUCCAUCGGGGACUGCGCGGCUGCAGGCUCCACUCCGAAUCACUUGAAGUUCUCGGAGCAGCAGCACAUCUUCUCCGGAAGAUACAGCACCUAAGUUCUCCAGGUCAGACGCCCACAUGGCUUCAGCAUGCAUGCGCAUUACCGUUAUUGGAACUCAAGGCAGAUUUAUUGUGGUCUGAAGAACACGGGGCAGCUAAAAGUGCGAUCCAAUGGACAGUAACAGGAUGUGCAUUAGAAGCGAAAACGCAAUUUUUUACCGUGCUGAUUCAGUGCUCCUGCUAUUGUAUUACUAAGGGUGUGCUUUUGGAAGGACUGAGAGCAGCGAGCUUGCAGUCAGUUGAUUCCACUGAAGGAUCAACUGGGCUCUCUUGUUGA